AUGCAUAUCUAUCUAUCUAUCUAUCUAUCUAUCUAUCUAUCUAUCUAUCUCUUUUCACAUUCGUUUCUUUCACAAUGUUUUUAUCAGUUAACCUCUCUUUCAACUUUUAUCUAUCUAUCUAUCUAUCUAUCUAUCUAUCUAUCUAUCUAUCUAUCUAGUUCUGCUCAUCUAUCUAAUUCUGCUUAUCUAUCUAUCUAUCUAUCUAUCUAUCUAUCUAUCUAUCUAUCUAUCUAUCUAGUUCUGCUCAUCUAUCUAAUUCUGCUUAUCUAUCUAUCUAUCUAUCUAUCUAUCUAUCUAUCUAUCUAUCUAUCUAUCUCAUUUCUCUCUGACUACUCUCUCUCACUCACUCACUCACUCACUCACUCACUCACUCUCUCUUUUUUCCCCUCUCUCUCUCUCUCUCUUUCUGCGUCUCUCUGUAUUGUCAUUUUCUUCUCUCUUGCUGAGUCUUUUCUUUCGAUGUCUUUUCUUUUUCGGACUCUUCCCUUUCUUAAAGUAGUAUCUCUCUCUCUAUCUGAAUUCUCUUUAUCUGUUUUUUUUUUAUCACUCUCUUUGACAUCUUUCUUCCUAUCUUUCUUUUUAUUUAUCUUUUCUCUGUCUUUCUCUCUUUAA